UUUGGUUGGAUGAUACGUAGAGCGUCUGCAACAACCAAUCAAAUUCAAUUUUACAAACGAUUUGUUGAAUUCCUGAACUUUCAGGAGAAGCAGACAGAAAUUGUUUUCAUUUUAUUUUAUUUCAAGAUGAAAAUCUAAUUGUAAGAUGUCAGGAGAUUCAAGGAAAGAUUUUGUAUUGGCAACAACAGCCAAUCAUUUUGGUGUGCAGGUUAAUGAUGCCUCAUUAAAGAACCUACCUGACUCCCCAGCUCUCAACAGCUUCCUUGAUGAUGGAAAUGCUAGUGUUCUUUCUGGGAGACUUGAUCCAAAAAGUAGAAUUAAACUCUUGAUGUUCUCUAAUAAGAUUGAACCAGGAGACAGUAAGGAUAGAGUGAUUGUGUUUUUCAAAAUACGGCCAGAUGUGAUCACACCAGACAAUGUUCUUUCUAAUAUUGUUGUAUCAACUAUGGUGGAUUCCCCACUUAAUACCCUGUAUCAUGUUAUGCAAAAGGUUUAUGCCCCACUGCUGUGUGAGGAUGGAAAAUGGAGCAAGAAUAUAGAUCCAAAGUUACAGAGUCUUCUAGGAGAACUUGAGGCUGGACUUGGCAGUGCUUUAAGGAAACAGGAUCCAACAUUCAGGGGAAAAGAUGGAGGAGAGGAAAACCUAGGAAGUAUAUUAACCCCUGUUGAUGAGUUUGAAUACUGGGCUGACAAUGCACGAGUUGGCAAGGGUGACGCUAGAGAGAGGGCAGAACAUUUUGUGGAAUUGUUCAAGCCUAUAUCGAAGGAUUAUGGAGGACUGGAUGCCAUGUCUUUACAAGAUGCCAUGGAGAUUGUGGACAUUACACAGGACACACUAGAUGAUGUGUGGAGACAAUCCGAGUUUGAUCCCUAUCCAGAGAAUAGAAUGAGACAUUUAAUGGAGUGUAUUGGUGGUUCUCUUGGUCGUUAUGUACAGAGAAAGUUAUCUGAGGAGAAUCUCUGGUCGGGACAGUUUGGCACUAUUAAGGAAGCCCUGCGUUCAGGACAACUGAUCUGUGAGAGAUGGAUAGCUUCUUGUGAGACAUUGACUACUCAGUUCUGGAAACGUUAUAACUUACACCCAUGGAAGGGUGAGAAAUGUUCACCAGAGGGACUGAAAAAACUUGGUGCAAGAAUAGAAGAGAUACUUGAGCUACGUACAGUUCAUGACCAACAAUUAAGGUUAAUGACGUCUCAGGAGCAGAAAGAACUAAGAGUAGAUGAUGCAUUUACCCCCUUUAUGGGCCUCAAUCCACUCCAGUAUAACCCAUACACUGCCCCGCUGUGGGCCGCAGCUGUGAGCCAGUAUGAGAGAAGUAUGGCUCCAGCUGAACAGAAAACUGUUGCUAAACUAAGGAGUCAGUUCAGGCAGAUGGAGGGGAAUUCCCAACAAUUGUUGAGAGAAUUUCAGAGAUACAAGUCACUCAUCAAGAGGCCUGGUAUAAGUAAAGAAAUGGUCGCUGAAAGGGAGUCAUUGCUUGGUCAGUUAAUUGUUCAUCAGAAGUCUUUACAACAGAACUUUACUGAUGCAAGUGGUGGUAAGGCUCCCAAAGGAAAGAACUUACCAGAGUUUGUUAACACCAUAGUCUAUGUUAGACAGAUAGAAGCCAAGCUUGAGGAGAACAUAAAGACUGCGGAAAGUUUACUCAGUGAUCUGAGUGGGUUUCAGAGAUUCAGGAAGGAUGCAACAGAGUUCCUCGAUGAGAUGGUCAACUGGAGACAGGAGGCAUUUGAUGAAUGGUCACGUGACAUUCAGGCUCUCAUUGAUGAUACCAAAAAACCUCUAAGUUUAGAGACUAAUGGUAGAUUGAUGGAGUUGGACACUAAGAGUGGAGAGUUACGAGUGAACUAUGGUGAUAGAUUGGUGACACUGAUGAGGGAAGUAAGGCAGUUGUCUGCUCUUGGAUUUGCUGUUCCUGCUAAGAUACAACAUGUAUCUGCCACAGCUCAGAAAUUCUACAGACAUGGAUGUAUCCUGAAACAGGUUGCUCAUUUCUAUAACACUAUAGACCAGCAGAUGAUACCCAGUCAGAAAACAAUGAUGCUUGAAGCUGCUUUACAGUUUGAAAAACUUGCAAAGAACCCCAAAACUGGGGCCAAGGUUAAGGGAGAAGAUGUACUUGUGACAUGGGAUAAUCCUGAAGAACUGGAGAUAUAUAUAAGAAAACUACAAACUUCAGCUGAGAGACUUACAACCAUGAAUAGAAAACUGAGAAAGUCUCACUUUGAUAUAUCUGAAAAGGUACAGCAACUGAUGAGUGUGGAUUUGUUAAGACAAGACAAGAAAUGGAAGGAGAUCUUGACAGAUAUCAGAUACACUAUGACUGAAAUUACAGCCAAGCAAAACAUCCCUCCAGAACAUAUGGCGCCAUGGAAGUCUCAUUGGGAUAGACAGCUGUACAAAGCCCUAGAGUUCCAGUAUAAGAUGGGGCUUGAAUCCCUUAAUGAAAACCUGCCCGAGAUCAGAGUAGAUCUUACAUACAGGCAGAGACAUCUUCAGUUUAAUCCAGCUUUUGAAGAGGUCAAGGCAAAAUACUUCCGUGAGUUGAAGAAAUUUAUUGCCAUUCCAAACAUGUUUCGUGGAGUGGGAGAUGGGUCAGAGAGGACAAUUUUUUCAGCCAUUAUAGACAGGAAUGCUGAGGGAUUUAUUGGCUGUUACCAGAAGGGGGAGGCUCUCUUCACAAGACUUAGUAGGGUGCUGGAAAAGUUCAAGGAAUGGGUAGUUCUAGGAUCUGUUGGCUUAGAUGAGUUUAUAGAUGAGAACUUGAAGGACCUGUCAGACUGGGAGAGAAACUUCAAGGCUCUUAAAAUGAGAGGCAAGAAUGCUGAAAAAUUGCCAAAUGAGAUCAAGGUAGACUGUAUUGUAGUAAACACUAUGCCAGUGAAGGCAGUGAUAGAUGACCAUAUACAGAGAUUGUUUGAUGCUUUGAUGAACUCAUUAAGGAAAGCUAUCAGCAAGGAGGUAACAGAGAUAGAAUCUUUCCUCAACAUGUCCAUGGAGACAUUGUCAAAACGUCCACAAACUACUGAAGAGAUUGGUGAGGCUAAUGCUAAACAUGCUGAGUUUGCCAAAACUAAGAAACAGAUCAAGCCAUUGUUUGAUAAAGCAGAAUCCAAGAACAAGUUACUACGUACAGUAGCUGGUGGUGGUGUAGACUCGCUCAAUCAUCUCCUGGCUAGAUGGGACAAGUUUGAGCUUAUGAUGGAAAGUCAUCAACUUAUGGUCAAAGAACAGGUUGAAGUGAUGAAGGGCAAUGUAGACUCUAGGGUGAAAGCAUUCCAACAAGACAUAGACAAGUUUGCUGCUCGCUGGCAUCAGUUAAAGCCAGGAGAUGAUGCACUAGAGGGUGACAAGGAGAAAACCAAGAAGGCUAUAGAGUUAAUUAAGGAGAAAAGACAAGAAUUCAAUGAACUCGAAGAAAACAGGAAGAAGAUUGUGACUGAUCUGGAACAUUUUGAGAUGACAGUACCAACCUUUGAGCUUGCUGAAGAGAUCAAUAAAGAUCUGUCUGAGUUUGAGGCCAUGUGGUUCCUACUGGAAGAGUUCAACAGUGGCCUACAGGAGCUUGCAAAGGAAGAUUGGAUCUCAUUUAGGAGUAAGACAUACAUGUUUGAAGAGUUCCUCAGUGGAUGGUAUGAGAAGUUGAAGGAAAGGGAGGCCACCACUAUGACUGUCAGAUUACAUAAAGACAUUGAAACAUACAAGAAUGUAAUGCCAGUGUUGAAGUGGGUAAGGGGUGAGCCACUGUCGCAGGAUCACUGGCUGGAGUUGUUCAGGAUGUUGAAGAUGCCACGUGGUACAACACUUGAGAAGCUGACAUUUGGCCACGUUCUCAAUGCCAGUGAUAAUAUCAUAACAAAUGCUGAUGCACUCAAGGAGUUGAACCAGAGAGCUCAAGGUGAAGUGACAAUAAGAGAGGCUAUUAGAGAGUUGGACUUGUGGGGUGCAGCUGCACAAUUUACACUGACAGAGUAUGAGGACAGUAACAAGAAUGUGAUACAUCUCAUCAAAGAUUGGAAAGAUCUUGUUAACCAGGUGGGAGAUAACCAGAGCUUGCUUCAGUCAUUGAAAGAUUCCCCCUACUACAAGAGUUUUGAGGACAAAGCAUCAGUGUGGGAACAGAGACUUGCAGACCUGGAUGAAUACCUGCACAAUCUCAACCAGAUACAGAGAAAAUGGGUCUACUUGGAGCCUAUUUUUGGCCGUGGGGCACUACCUAAGGAACAGGGAAGAUUUAAGAGGGUGGAUGAUGAUUAUAGAUCCAUUAUGAAAGAUGUAAGAAGAGACAAUAGAGUUUUGUCCCUUGUGAAUAAAGCUGGCCUCAGGAAUCAGUUGACCACCAUGUUAGAUCAGUUACAGAGAUGCCAGAAAUCACUCAAUGAAUUCCUUGAGGAGAAGAGAUCGCUGUUCCCAAGAUUCUACUUCAUUGGAGAUGAUGAUUUAUUGGAGAUUCUUGGACAAUCUACAAAUCCUAAUGUGAUUCAGACACAUCUGAAGAAAUUGUUUGCUGGUAUACACAGUGUUAACUUUGAUGCUGACAGUAAACAUAUCAUUGCUAUGAAGUCACUACAAGGUGAAGUUGUUCCUCUGAAGAGAAAGAUUCAGAUUGUUCCAGAAGUUGAGUCAUGGUUGGGUAGAUUAUCAGAAGAAAUGAAGGAUACAUUGAAGGAACUGUUGAAUGAAUGUCUUAAAGAUGCUAAACAGAGCAAGGGUGGUUUAGAUCCAAACAAAUACCCAUCUCAGAUCCUGUGCCUAGCAGAACAGAUUAGAUUCAGUGAGAAUUGUGAAGUGGCUAUUAAGAGUGGAAAUCUGAUGAACUUUGGACGUGAUGUGGAAGGACAGCUGGAGUCAUACACUAGUGUUGACCUGGGCGAGGCUGAAGGAGAUGAUGAGGCUCAGGUACUAGACCUCAAGUUGAAGGCACUGAUCCUAGACACUAUACACAACAUGGAUGUGAUACAUGAACUACUGAAGGCUAAUGUAAAAAAUCCUGGAGAGUGGAUAUGGCAGAAACAACUUAGGUUCUACAUGAGGAGAGAUAAUAUCUGUAUUAUGAGGAUGGUAGAUUCAGAGUUUGAAUACACGUAUGAGUACCAGGGAAAUGCCCAGAAACUUGUACAUACUCCCCUUACUGACAAGUGUUAUCUUACAUUAACACAAGGUAUGCACAUGGGUCUUGGUGGUAACCCAUAUGGCCCAGCUGGUACAGGAAAGACAGAGUCUGUGAAAGCUCUAGGUGGACUCUUUGGUAGACAAGUUCUUGUCUUCAACUGUGAUGAGGGUAUAGAUGUAAAGUCAAUGGGUCGUAUCUUCAUUGGUUUGGUUAAGUGUGGUGCCUGGGGAUGUUUUGAUGAGUUUAACAGAUUAGAGGAGGCUGUCUUGUCAGCAGUGUCCAUGCAGAUCCAAGUUAUACAAGAUGCUAUCAAAAACAGACUACCACAAGCUGAACUUCUGGGCAGAAACGUGAACAUAGAUCACAAUUCUGGUAUUUUCAUCACAAUGAACCCGGCAGGUAAAGGUUAUGGAGGUAGACAAAAGCUACCUGACAACUUGAAACAACUGUUCCGACCUGUGGCCAUGUCUAAACCAGAUAAUGAACAGAUCGGUGAAGUCAUCCUGUUUUCUGAGGGCUUCAAACAAGCCAAAAGUCUUGGUAGAAAACUGGUGGCCAUUUUUAACCUAUCAAGAGAGUUGUUGUCCCCCCAGCAACAUUAUGAUUGGGGUCUGAGAGCUCUGAAAACUGUUCUACGUGGUUGUGGUAACCUCUUACAGAUGAAGAAGAAAGCACAGUCUGGGAAGAUAGAUGGUGGUACAGAAGCGAAGCUGGUUGUACAGGCAUUGAGGAUCAAUACCAUCUCCAAGCUGACCUUCUCUGAUAGUGUCAGGUUUGAUGCUCUAGUGAGAGAUGUAUUCCCCAACAUAGAGUUUAAGGACAUAGAGUAUGAGACUUUAGCUGAGGCAAUUAGAAAUGUAUGUAAGGAAACAAAUCUUGUAGCCAAUGAAAUGCAGAUUAAGAAAGCGUUGGAGUUGUAUGAGCAGCUGAGACAGAGAACUGGAGUAGUGGUGGUUGGACCAAGUGGCUCGGGCAAGUCAACUUUAUGGCGCAUAUUGAAGCUCGGACUUCAUAAACUCAACAAGACAGUGAAGUAUUACACCAUGAACCCUAAAGCAAUGCCAAGAACUCAGUUGUUAGGUCAGAUAGAUAUGGAUACAAGAGAAUGGACAGAUGGUGUUCUUACAUACAGUGCCAGACAAGUUGUAAAAGAACCACAAGAGGUACAGUCAUGGAUCAUUUGUGAUGGAGAUAUUGACCCAGAAUGGAUAGAAUCCCUGAACUCUGUCCUUGAUGAUAACCGUCUUCUUACCAUGCCAUCUGGGGAGCGUAUCCAGUUUGGACCAAAUGUUAACUUCCUGUUUGAGACUCAUGAUCUCAGCUGUGCCUCUCCAGCUACUAUAUCCAGAAUGGGAAUGAUCUUCCUGAGUGAUGAAGAUACAGAUGUGAAGGCAUUGAUACAUUCAUGGAUCAGUAACGUACCUGAGACAGAACAGCAAGUGUUAGCUGGUUAUAUAGAAGAUUAUUUCUACAAGGCCCUAGACUGGGUCCUCAAACAGAAUGACUUUGUUGUUGAGACAAGUUUGGUAGGUGUGGUGCUAAAUGGAUUGUCACAUCUCAGUCAUGUACGGAACAAAUCACAUUUUGCCAUCUGUCUUAUCCGAGGACUUGGAGGCAACUUGAACGAGGCUACAAGAGAGAAUUUUGCUAAGGAGGUGUUCCACAUGUGCCAAGAAAUGCCACCAGAUUCUCGCAGACCUCUAGAUACAUUCUAUGAUGAGGAUAUGGGACGUUUACAGACAUACAGUUUAGAGAUUUCAACUUUCUUUCAUGGGUCUGCAGUUGACCUAUCACCUGACCAUUUCAACAACAGUACAUCUCUACCAGUUAUCAGAACAUCUGAUGUACAGAGAGGAAUGGACUUCUUCUCGCCAUGGCUCGCCCCUGACAAUAAACAGCCAUUUAUACUGGUCGGACCCGAGGGAUGUGGAAAAGGUAUGAUGUUGAAGCACUGUUUUGAACAACUGCGUUCCACCUCUGUUGCCAUAGUGCACUGUAGUGCUCAAACCAGUCCUACCCAUGUGCUGCAGAAGCUGAGCCAGACAUGUAUGGUUCUCAACACUAACACUGGCAGGGUGUAUAGACCCAAGGAUUGUGAGAGACUAGUUCUCUACCUAAAAGAUAUAAACCUUCCUAAACCUGACAAGUGGGGAACCUGUCAACUCAUAGCUUUCCUACAACAGGUUGUGACAUACAAUGGUUUCUAUGACAGCAACUUGGAGUGGGUGGGGCUAGAAGGUGUUCAGAUUGUUGCCAGUAUGAAUGCUGGUACAUCACUAGGACGACAUAAACUUACACCUAGAUUCACAUCUGUUGUCAGGAUCUGCUGUAUUGGGUACCCAGACAGGGAGCAGCUACAAUCUAUCUACAGCUCAUAUCUGAAACCUAUAUUACACCGCCAGCUCUCACGUCACCCAGUCUGGAGUAAUAACUCCAAGAUUCAUGCCCUUGCUGGAUCCAUGGUGCAACUUUAUGAUGAGUUAAGGUCAAGGUUUACUGUGGAUGACUACAGUCACUAUCUGUUUACCCCUCGUGACCUCACAAACUGGGUGCUAAGUUUCUUGAGGUAUGACCUGACAGGAGGAGCAAAGGAGAACACCAGUGAUCAUGUACUGGAGAUAUUUGCCUAUGAGGCACGGAGAUUGUUUAGAGAUAGGAUAGUUGGUUCUGAAGGAGAAGACAAGUUUGACAAUGUUCUCAUGAAUGUUGUCAGGGGUGACUGGUCUGCAAACAUAUUUGAUGACCUAGAUAAGGAGUUUUUUGUGACAUGGGGAGCACGUAGAGAUUCCUCCGCUCCAUCAGCUGCUGGUGCACCACUACCUCCUAGUGGCAAACAUCUUGGUAAACUCAAUGCUGAAGACCUGAAAGCCAUUAUUGAGAAAGGAAUCAGAUUCUAUGAACGAGACAACCGUGACCUUGACAUCCUCAUAUUUAAUGAGGUAUUGGAUACAAUGGCUCGUGUAGAUCGUGUACUCACCAAACCUGGUGGCUCACUCUUGAUGGCUGGACGUAGUGGAGUCGGACGUAGGACAGCCGUAUCACUGGUCACAAAUAUGCACCAAAUGCAGCUAUUCACACCAAAAAUAUCUCGUGGAUAUUCAAUCAAAAACUUCAAGAAUGACCUUAAAGCUGCGAUGCAACAAGCUGGUAUAGAAGGGGAGCAGGUAGUAUUGCUGUUAGAGGAUCACCAUUUUGUGGACCCAACUUUCCUUGAGCUUGUCAAUAGUCUUCUGUCAGCUGGUGAGGUACCAGGACUUUACACACCAGAGGAGCUUGAACCUAUACUGAACCCUCUCAGAGACAUGGCGUCAGAGGCCGGCUUUAGGGGAACUCUCAUCAACUUCUUUGCUCAGAGAAUCAAGACUAAUCUUCAUAUUGCUCUCAUCAUGGACUGUACAAAUGAUAAAUUUAUAUUGAACUGUGAGAGUAACCCUGCUUUAUAUAAGGAGUGUGCUGUACAGUGGAUGGAAGGCUGGAGUAGAGACAGUAUGAUUAAGAUCCCAUACAUGUUGCUGACCAAACCACCAAAGAUAGAGGGAGCUACCAUCGGAGAGACCAAACAACAUAAACGUAAACUAUCUGGUGGUGAAGAUCUACUGAAAGGUUUUCUACAUGUACAUGAGUCUGCUGCCCAGACUAACCUUGGUGCCACUCCUAGAAGAUACAUUGCCUUCCUUAAUACCUACCAACAAGUGUAUAGUAACAAGAAAAAAGGUAUUGAGACAAGACAACACCAUCUGCAGGCUGGUGUAUCUAAGUUGAAUGAAGCUAAACAGUUAGUAGAUGAGCUGAAGAGGAAGGCAGGAGAACAGAGUGUACUACUAGCAGAGAAACAGAAUGAAGCUGACCAGGCCCUCUCACAUAUCACAGAGAGCAUGCAGAAUGCUAAUGAGCAGAAGAAUGAGAUGGAAGUGUUGAAACAACAAGCAGCUGAGGAGAACAAGAUACUGGAUAAACGUAAGAGAGCCAUUGACAAGGAGUUAGCUGAGGUAGAACCUCUUGUACAGGCAGCACGUUCAGCUGUAGGUAACAUCAAGACAGAAUCAUUGUCUGAGAUCAGAUCUCUCCGUGCACCACCACCAGUUAUCAGAGACAUUCUUGAGGGUGUUCUUAGACUCAUGGGAAUCUAUGAUACAUCAUGGGUUAGCAUGAAAAGUUUCCUUGCAAAGAGAGGUGUGAAGGAUGAAAUUCAGACAUUUGAUGCGAGAGCUAUCAACCCGAAGAUUAGAGAAGAUGUUGAAGAUCUGUUGAAGAAAAACAAGGAUUCUUUUGAUCCAAAGAGUGCAAGAAGGGCCUCAGUUGCAGCUGAGCCUCUGGCAGCCUGGGUUAGAGCUAAUGUACAGUACUCCUAUGUCCUGGAAAAGAUUGAACCUCUAGAGAAGGAACAAAAUGAACUCAAAAAAAAUUUACAUAAAGCUGAGUCUAGAAUGGAAAAACUUAGUCGCGCCCUGGAUGAGGUAGACCAGAAGGUGGCUCAAUACAGAAACAGAUUUGAAACUCUCACUAAAGAAGCUGCAGAGCUGAAGAUUAAACUGGAUAAAGAGAAUGAAACUAUUCUUGCUGCAGAGACAUUGGUUUCCAAGCUAGAUGGAGAGUAUACUCGCUGGAACAAUCAGGUUGGAGAGUUAGACAUUGAGUUAAAGGAACUUCCAAAGAAAGUCUUGCUUGCAGCAGGGUUUGUAGCAUACCUGUCACAAGCCCCAGAAGAUGUUCGCCAUACAUGCCUCGUCAACUGGCGUGAAGCCCUCGGCAUUGGUGCGUUUGAGAUGAGACGUUUCCUAUGUACAGAGAGUGAACAACUUAUAUGGAAGAGUGAAGGUCUGCCAUCAGAUGACCUCUCUGUAGAGAAUGCUAUAGUUAUUCUACAGAGUACUUUGAGACCAUUCUUGGUAGAUCCAUCAUCAAGGGCAACAGAUUGGUUGAAAACUCAUCUAAAAGAAUCUCGACUUGAAGUGAUCAAUCAACAGGAUGCUAACUUCAGUACAGCUUUAGAAUUGGCUGUUAGAUUUGGCAAGACAUUGAUUAUACAGGAAGUAGAUGGUGUGGAGCCAGUUCUGUACCCUCUGCUGAGAGGAGAUCUCGUUUCUCAAGGUCCUCGUCAUGUGGUACAGAUAGGAGAGAAGACAAUAGAUUAUAACGAGGAGUUCCGUUUAUUCCUGACAACACGUAACCCGGCCCCAGAGAUACCACCUGAUGCUGCAUCAGUCAUUACAGAGGUGAACUUUACCACAACAAAAGCUGGUCUUACUGGACAGUUAUUGGCUGCUACCAUUCAACAUGAGAAACCUGAGCUAGAAGAGAAGAAAACAUCUUUAUUAAAACAAGAAGAAGAUCUGAAGAUAGAACUUGCAAAACUAGAGGAAUCUCUCCUAGAGGAGCUAGCCAAUGCUAAAGGUAACAUUUUGGAGAACAAAGAGCUUCUUGACUCCCUGAACAAGACAAAAGCCAGCAGUAUCACUAUAGCAGACUCCCUUGCCGAGUCAGUCAGGCUUCAAGCCUCCCUGGAUCAGGAGCGUAAUAUUUACCUCCCCCUGGCAGAGAAUGGAAGUGCAUUGUAUUUUGUUAUCAGUGAUCUGGCAAAGAUAAACAAUAUGUACAGGUUCAGUCUGGCUGCCUUCUUGCGACUGUUCCAACGUGCCCUCGACACACGUCAGGACGGUGGUGGUAUGGACCACAGGAUCAAGACUCUGGUUGGACACCUACAGCAUCUGGUGUAUGAGUAUGUGUGCAGGUCACUAUUCAAGGCUGACAGACUUAUGUUUGCAAUGCAUAUGGUACAUGGAAUGAAACCAGACAUGUUUGAAGAAAAUGAAUGGGAAACAUUUAAUGGUAUGAUGGUAGCAGAUGUGAAGUCUGACCCAUCAAAGAGUGUACCACAUUGGGUAGAACCAGAGAGAGCUCAUGCUGUGGCCAAUCUCAGGUCAAACUUAAGCAAGUUGUACAACGCACUGAAUCUUGAUGAUGGAGGAACGUGGUCAAACUUUGCUCGUAGUAGCCAGUGUGAACAGGAGGUACCAUCAGGUAUAGAGAAGAGAAUUUCUCUGUUCCAGCAAGUGUUGUUAGUACAGGCUAUAAGACCGGAUAGACUACAGAGUGCUAUGGGACUGUUUGCUUGUAGAGCUCUUGGUAUGCAAGAGUUAUCUCCUCCCUCUGUUAACCUGAAGAAGUUGUAUGAAUCUGAGACUUUACCGGAGGAGCCAGUAUUGAUAGUAAUCUCCCCUGGUGCUGAUCCCUCACAGGAGUUGAAGGAACUUGCUGAUGAGAUUGUUGGACAUGACCGAUAUCACCAGGUUGCUAUGGGUCAAGGUCAGGCAGAGAUUGCCAUGCAGUUAUUACGAGAUUGUUCACAAAAUGGAGACUGGCUGUGUCUGAAAAAUCUUCAUCUUGUUACAGCCUGGUUACCAGUCUUAGAAAAGGGCUGGACUAAAUUCUAUGAGUUUUCCUUGUCUGACCUGCGUGCUGGUGCUGAUAUCAUUGAUAGACUAUGCAUCGGGUCCCAAGAUGUACAAUGGCAGUUUAUCCAUGGACUUUACGAGUUAGCUAUAUAUGGUGGCAGGGUAGAUAAUCCAUUUGAUAUAAAUGUGAUGAAGGCAUAUGUGUUACAGUUCUUUGAUCCAGCAGUACUCUCCCCUGGAUCUAAAAAUAAACGCCUUGGUCCACUCAGACUUCCUACAUCAACUAAUUACAGGGAUUAUAUGGAAGUGAUUAAUGGUUUACCGGAGUUUGACAAACCAUCAUAUUUUGGUUUACCAGAGAAUAUAGAGAGGUCAGCACAGCGUAUCAUCAGUAGUCAGGUUAUCUCACAACUCAAGGUCCUCCAACGUGCCGACGUCAAGGCUAGCAAGUUUGACAAGGAGAUCUGGGCAACAGAACUUGGUCCCAUACUUAACCAGUGGAAGAAACUUAAUACUGGUAUUAACUUGAUACAAACUAAGGUGACGGCACCUGUAGAGAAGGCUGGUAAUGAAUCUCCUAUAACUUCAUUCAUUCUACUAGAACGUUAUAAUGCUAUAAAACUAGUACAGAGUGUUCACCAGUCUUUAGCAUCAUUGAGUAAAGUUAUACGAGGAACACAGCUUCUUAGUAAAGAUGUUCAAGAUCUUGCUGCUGCACUUCUCAAUCAGUCUACUCCUCUUAGCUGGCAAGCGAAGUGGGAUGGGCCAGAAGAUCCGGUACAGUACCUAAGAGGUCUGGUGUCCCGUGCUGUAGCUGUAAACAGCUGGGUAGACAAGGCACAGAAUAAUUCUCUCCUACGUGAUACACUUGACCUCUCUGAGCUGUUUAGACCAGAUACAUUCCUGAAUGCUUUACGACAGCAAACUGCUAGGGAGCUUGGCUGUUCUAUGGAUAAUUUGAAAUUCUGCUGUAGCUGGAAGGGGUCUCUACAAGGAGCUAAAUUUAAUGUUAAGAUAGGAGGGCUACAACUAGAGGGUUGUAGUUUUGAUGGUUCAAGACUGUCAGAGAACCAGCGUGAUUCACCAAGUAUAUCUGGUAUACCACCAUGUAUGGUAGCCUGGAUCAAGGAUGACACCCCUGAUCCAUACGGUAUGGAUGAGACAAUCUCCAUUCCUAUUUACUACAGUGCAGAUAGGGAUCGUAUUAUAACCAAGCUGAACGUACCAUGUGGGGGUAACAGAUCUCAGUGGGUACAAUGUGGAGCUGCCCUCUUCCUUAAAGCCCAUUAAACAUCAUUAGGAAGAUUAAAUCAUGCUGAAGUUCCAGGUCUUCUAUGAGUGACUCACUUGACAUUCUAUAAAACUGAGGGAAAAGACCAUUAGGUUUAGAUUAAAUUCUUUUUUUUUUUAAACCAAAAACCAUGCGUUUUUAUUUAGAAUAUUCAAAUUUGAACAUUGAGAAAUGUUGGCAGUGAUUUAAGACAUAGUGUUGAUUUAUUGAUUGACUUGUGAUAUUUAUAUAUGAGAUAUAGUAUUUAAUUGUUAAAUGAUUGUUAUAUGUAGUUUCAGUGUUACAGUUUUGUUUCAAGUGUUUGUGAUUUUAACUCUAUUUCUAUUUACAUUGUGUGUGAUAGGACUUAUAUUAUGUCCUUCAUGACAUGACUUAUGUCUGUUAUUGGAUAUUACUGUGAUAUUUCUACAAGUGACUUUUUCCUGUCCGUCCAUACUUAACUUUAAUCUAAAUUUAAUUGAUUUAUAUAUAUGACAUAAUUAUUCAUAUAGAUAAGAAUUCAUAUUUUGUUUGUUAUGUUGGCCUUUUGAUUAAUAUAAUUAUAUAUUUAUCUUACUGAAUUUAUAAUCAAGUUAUAUGAUUUUUUAAAUUUUAAUAAUAAUACUUUGUUUAAACACGCAUGAAACACCUGGCAUUGUAAAUGAUAAAGCAAUCAUGUAAAGACAACCUUUUCUUAUAGUUUUACUGAAAAAUAUUUGAAGUGAAAAAAGUUAAAGAAAAUAACAACGUAAAUGUCAUCAAACAUGAUAUUCUUUUCUCUUU